AGGAGGGCGGCAGGGCCGAAACAAGAGGCAGAACUGGUGGCAGACAAGCGGUACAAUGUCUUCUCGGUACAGGGUGGACUAUUACCUUAAGGAGCACCGCAGAGAUGAGUUUAUUGAGUGGAUCAAGUCGCUUUUGGCUACGCCGUUUGUCUUGUAUGCGGUCAAGCCGAACUUGACGGUGACGGCGGUGCAGGACCUGAUGAUUAACUCGGAUGCGGCCCGGCGGUAUGCGGAGAUCUUCCAUGACAUUGAGAAGCUUGUGCUGGACCACAUCGAGAUGACGCGGUUGGGCACUCCGGAGCAGUCCCGCAUCGUGCAGUUGGUGCCGAGCAUUGGCACAUUUUUCACUCCGUUGCCGCUGGAGCAGGCGUUCUACAUCCAGGACCAGCGGCGGGGCAUCAGUAUGCGGCGGCUUGUGGCCCCGAGCUUCAACGAUAUCCGGUUGGUGCUCAACACGGCGCAGAUUUUGCAGUUGUCGAUGCCCUUCCAUGAGAAGGCGGACAACUCGCGGGAAAAGCUGCUAAAGCUCAUCACCUUCGACGGGGACAUCACCUUGUACGACGACGGGAAGAAUUUCGACCCGAAGUCGCCGCUGCUCGAGCAUAUGUUGACGCUUCUGCGGAAAGACAUCAUUGUCGGAAUCGUCACCGCGGCCGGGUACCGGGACGCUGCCCGCUACCACGAGCGGCUUGCCGGUCUUGUAGAGGGAGUUCACGGCUCGGACUUGACCACGACGCAGAAGCAGAACCUUCUUGUGAUGGGCGGCGAGGCAAACUUCUUGUUCCGAUACAAGGACGACAUCGAGGGGUUGGAAUUCCAGGAAGAGGAGUCGUGGCUGUUGCCGGACAUGAAGAAAUGGAAGCAGAGCGACAUCCAAACGGUCCUCGACUUUGCACAGGAGAACUUGGACAACCUCGUGCACAAGCUCUCGCUUCCUGCAACGACGAUCCGCAAGGAGCGUGCGGUCGGACUGGUCGCCCUGCCAGGCGCCAAUUUGAUCCGGGAGCAGCUCGAGGAGGUCGUGCUCAGGGUCGACCACAACCUCCGCCAGUUCCAGCCGGCGAAAAACAUCAAGUGGUGUGCUUUUAACGGCGGCAGUGACAUCUGGGUCGACGUUGGCGACAAGAGUCUCGGCGUCCAGGUCCUCCAGCAGUUUCUCCAGCGCAACGACGGCCAGCGCAUCGGCCCGCAAAACACUCUACACGUCGGCGACCAGUUCAACGCGUUGGGCUCCAACGACUACGCCAGCCGAACGGCAGCGGCAACCGCUUGGAUUUCCAGCCCGGGGGAGACGUGUGCCUUGCUCAAGGACUUGAUUUGUUUCAUUGAUGAAUGGGCCUCCUACUGAAUCAUUGAUAGAUAAGAACCCGCUUAUGUAAAAAAAGAGAAAAAGACAUUAUGUAAUCUAGCAUACACUGCGCUAAUGUAGAUUGUGCAUCCAAAUAGGUACUCACUCA